UCUGCCAUUUUAGAAUUGUGAACGCAGUGUCAAGUGAAGUCGAGUUAGCAUUAACAUUAUUUAUAGAAUUUACAUAAUUUUAGUUUUACUGAACGGCUUAUCGUCGAUAGAUAAGAGGUAGGUUAUCGGUUUCCCUCUCGCACAGAAUCCUUUGUUAACGUGAACCCUGGUAACGUAGGCUAAUGGGGAUGCAUCAAAACCGAAGUGACCUAAACUGACGAUAGCCUGUAGCUUACAACAUUAAUUCGUUGUGACCUAUUCAAAUUUGUGAUUGGUCCCUUGGUGCCAACAAAUUCCUACACUGCCUUUUUUAUGUGAACAUGCUCAUAACCAGCUGGGGAAAACAUGGGUGGAUUUAAAAAGCUGAUAGCCACCUUUGUUAAACCAUGGCUGAGAAGCAGGUGAUCCUCCAAUUCCGCUUUGCCAACUUUGGAGAGUCAAUGUUACAGAAAAUGGAUGCCCUACGCAGCCAAAGGCGCUUCUGUGAUGUACUUGUUCGCAUUAAUGAUCUGGAGGUGGCCGGUCACAAAGUGGUCUUUGCGGCAGGAUCUCCCUUUCUUCGGGACCAGUUCUUCCUCCAGGACUCCGCAGAAAUUCAGAUCAGUACUUUGCAGGAUGCAGAGGUUGGACAAAAGUUGCUGCUGUCUUGCUACACAGGAGUGCUGGAGUUUCCAGAACUAGAGCUAGUCAACUACCUCACAGUCGCAAGUUUUCUCCAGAUGGGACACAUUGUUGAGCAGUGCACCCAGGCACUUAACAAAUUCAUCAAGCCACAUCAAGUGAAGGACGAGCAAACCACACAAACACAUUCCAGUAAAGUUGGACAGUUUCUUCCCACUGUAGAGGCAGAACAAAAUGAGCUAGAGAAUCAAGUGGUAGAUGAAGGGGAGGAAGAUGACGACGAUGACAUCAUUAUAGAGCGUGUGAUGCCUUCGGGAACACAAAACAUGGAAGGACGGACAAGGACAAAACAAAGCAAGAAUUCUGAAGAAUGUGACAACAGUCCCCUUGCUAUAAUAAAAGUGGAGUCCGUUAGAGAUAAAAUGGCAGACAGCAUGCGUGAUCGAAUCUCACAAUCACCCACUCUCAACUCUCCUGAACCACAGCACUCACUAAUUAACUCCACUGUAGAAAACCGUGUGGGUGAUUCAGAGACUACACUGAUGCAUUUGUCCGAUUACCCUACAAGUCCUGUCCCAGCGGAAUCAUCCCGGGUUUGGGGGGGUCUACGUACCAAUGAAAAGGGCAUACAGUGGUACCACCAGUGCCCAAAGUGUUCGCGCGUCUUCCGGCAGCUAGAGAACUACGCCAACCACCUCAAAAUGCACAAGCUGUUCAUGUGCCUGCUUUGUGGCAAGACAUUUACGCAGAAGGGCAACCUUCACCGGCACAUGCGUGUCCAUGCGGGAAUUAAGCCAUUCCAGUGUAAGAUAUGUGGGAAGAACUUUACCCAGAAGUGCUCUCUGCUAGACCACCUCAACCUGCACAGUGGUGAUAAGCCCCACCGCUGCAAUUACUGUGAGAUGGUUUUUGCACACAAACCAGUCCUCAGAAAACAUCUUAAGCAGGUCCAUGGUAAGAACAGCUUUGACAAUGCCAAUGAGGGCUGCAUGCAGGAGCUUGAAUUCAGUGGACUGCAGGAGUCCAGCACUGAAAACAGGACUGACCAGCUAGUGUCAGAAACCAGACAAUAUGCAGUCAAUCUGCAACACUGAACAAUUUGUCCAGAGUUCACUUCCGAAGUCAUUUGAAGAGUUUGGUUCCAAAACACUAAAUGUCUAUUUAAAAAAAAAAAAAACAUUAAGAAGUAAUGUAAUUUAAUUGUGUAUUUCAGGUAAUAUCAAUAAAAUUGCAAUUGUGUUGUUUUGAUUAAGUUAAGAUAAAUCAAAUAACAAUACACAAUUAUAAUUCUACUAAAAUUACUUGGAGAAAAAAAUGUAGAAAAAUGUUCAUGAAAAUUCAUUAAAAUAGAGGAUAUAGAGUUUUGGAAUCAAACAGACAUUCAUCAUUAGUCAUUGAUUGAUUAUCCAGUUUGUCUAACCAAUACGAUCUGGAAUAAAGAGUGUGGCAAUGAGCACAUCAGUAAUGUUAUAAGAUAAUAUACAUUACUAUAAAAUAAUAAUUGUUAUUAAUAAAUGCUUCAUCCGUCA